UUCUGUUCAGAGGGAUGUGCCAAAGAAAAUGCCCGGUUCCUAGGGAACACACAACAUCUGAAGGCUGCAGACGGCAAGGACAGCUUGGGAAGAUGGAUGUGAAGCUGGCACUCCUGACUUAACCAAAGGCCAAGACAGCAGGGACCAUGCCAGGAAUGGGCGUGAGUGCCCACACCAGGGCUUCAGAACUUCAGAUUCCCAGGCCUGACUGCCACACGGAGACCUGAAUUCUCUGAUCUUGCAUCUUUGAUGGACAAAACGUACGAGAGGAAGUUGCCAGUGAGCUCUUUAACAAUAUCACGGUUUGUGGACAACAUUUCCUCCCGAGAAGAGGUGGACCACGCGGAGUAUUACCUUUACAAAUUCCGACACAGCCCCAACUGCUGGUACCUGAGGGACUGGACCAUCCACUCCUGGAUUAGGCAGUGUCUCAAGUAUGGUGCAGAGGACAAAGCCUUGCACACCGUGGUGAAUAAGGUUCAAUAUGGAAUUUUUCCAGAUAACUUUACAUUCAAUUUACUGUUGGAUACUUUCAUAAAGAGAGAAAAUUACAAAGAUGCUUUGUCUGUGGUUUUUGAGGUCAUGUUGCAAGAAGCCUUCGAAGCACCUUCCACCCAGCUUCUGUCCCUCUAUGUUUUGUACCAGUGCCUGGCAAAGAAGACGGCCUUGACUUGGGAAGAGGAGAGGAACUUUGGCGCAUCCCUGUUACUUCCUGGCCUAAAGCAGCGGAACUCAGUGGGUCUCAGUUCCCAGCUAUACGGCUAUGCACUUCUCGGCAAGGUGGAGUUGCAGCGAGGGCUGCGGGCCGUGUACCACAACAUGCCCCUGAUAUGGAAGCCAGGCUACCUUGACCGAGCCCUGCAGGUGAUGGCAACGGUGGCCUCCUCUCCUGAAGACACCAAGCUGAGCGGAGAAGCGCUCGAGGUGCUGGACACAGUGCUGAAGGCCGUGACUUCUCCAGCCGCCGAGGCCGCCGAGGAGCAGCCCCAGGAAAGUGACGACAAGCUGGGCCCUGUCCACCUGGUGGAGCACAUGGACAUAGAGGAGACCGAGCAGUCCAAGCUUCCCCAGUACCUGGAACAGUUUAAGGCUUUGCAGUCCAAACUUCAUGCUCUGGGCAGAGUGCAGUCAGAAAGCCUUCUGGCUCUGACCACCCAGCUUGUACAGGAGCAGCUGCCCACCUGCGAAGCCGAGGACCUGGCCGCCUACGCGCUCAAGCAACAGCAGUGGCAGCAGGAGCGGGUGCAGCUGAUCCAGAGGGAGCAGCUACAGAGGGAGGCCGCGAGAAAGGAGCACCAGGCCCGGCAAGCAGCCAAGGCCUCUGCAUCCCUCAAGCCCCAGCAGCAGGGGGCGGCAGCCGCUCCCGCUCUGAGAGCAGACGCGUGAGGUGCAGAAACCAUGAUGUUCACGGUCAGCAGGCCGUGACUACCCGUCCACAGGCCGGCAAGGGCAGGGGACUGGAA